UUUAGUCAGUAGUUUUUGACAAGAGUUAUCUUUCGUAACCUACUGGCAUGUGCGCAGUGCAAAAUUACUUUCAACUUCUUUCCUAGGCAUCUUCGUGGCCCCAUGGUCUUUUUACUAUAUGAAUAAAGACUAUCUGUGGAACCAUCGUUGACAUUAAUGCAGUCAAAACUCGGUGACAGAACAAUUUUAAUCUCAAAAUAAGAGGACGCACAAGUUAACAGGAUUACAGGGAAAAUGGAAUGGUGUUUCAGAGAUGACGACUAUGACUUCAAGCAGGAAAUUGCUAGAUCAUCUUAUGCUGAUAUGCUGCACGAUACAGAAAGGAAUCAGCUGUAUUAUGCCGGUCUAAAAGUUGCUGUGGCAAAAAAGAGAGCAGCUGGAGAACCUGUGAGGGUGUUGGAUAUUGGAACAGGUACCGGUCUUCUCUCCAUGAUGGCAGCCAGCCUCGGGGCAGAUUCCGUGCAUGCUUGUGAGGCCUUUACUCCUAUGGCAGAUUGUGCAAAGAAAAUAAUUGCUGAAAAUGGAUUUGCAGCUCAGAUAAAAGUGAUUCCAAAAAGAUCAACUGACCUUGUUAUUGGAGAAGACCUGCCAGAGAGGGCCAAUAUCCUGGUGACAGAAGUGUUUGACACUGAGCUGAUUGGAGAGGGAGCUAUUGGUACAUACACACACGCCCUGCGAGAACUUCUCGUGAAAGACUGUAUAGUGGUGCCCUCAGUUGGCAAUAUGUACAUACAGCUCGUCAGCUCAAAGCUUGUACGUCGCUGGAACCAACUAGAUGACCUGGACAUUGAUGGCAAGACCACAGUUACCUCCCCUCUUGCAAUGAAAAGGUGUGGAGGGGCUCCUGCCCUACAUGAUCUCCAGCUGGACCAGCUGCCCCUGGAGAAAUUCACCAGGCUUACCCCACCCAAAAGGGUCUUCAGGUUUGACUUCACUGGUGUGACACCCCUCCUUGAGGACGAAACUUCCAUAGUUACCAUGGAAAUGGAAGGGAGUGGCCCCGUAGAUGGGAUCUUCAUGUGGUGGGAUCUAGAGAUGGACCCCAAUGCAGAGAUAAUCCUGAGUUGUGCCCCUAACUGGGCUCACCCAACACCGCGUAACAUGCAGUGGCGUGACCAUUGGAUGCAGGCUAUCUACUACCCGUAUACACACCUAACUGUUGCAAGGGGUGAAAUGGUCAAGGUCAUAUGUAAACAUGAUGAAUACAGCCUCUGGUUUGAUGUGGCCAAAGACAAAGAAAACUGCCCGGAGGAUAGACCAAUAUGUACAUGUGGCGCACACAUAACCUACAGCAGGUCUAGACUAGGAAUGCUCAGCGAUCCAGAUCGAAGACAAACAUUUCUACAGAUUAUUAAAAAGAACAUCAAGCAAGACAGCAAUGUUCUAUGUAUAAGUAACGGGAGCCUCCUGCCCCUGAUGGUUGCUGCUGGCCAGGGGACAGGGCUCGUCUACGCCUUGGAGACGCACCCAAUGUGUGCCCGGGUGAUGCGGGACUUCAUCGCACACAACAACCUGCAGGACCGGGUCACGCUUAUAGACAAGCAGGUGGAGGAUGUGACGGAGGCCGAUAUAACUGACAAGGUGGACGUGGUGCUGGGUGAGCCAAUAUUUCAGACAGCCCAGCUACCAUGGGACAACAUCUGUUUCUGGUACCUGGCGCGGGCCCUAGACCCCUACCUGGCCCCACGGGCGGCCAUUUUGCCUGGAAACAUGCGCCUGUAUGCUGUGCCUGUAGAGUAUGAACACCUGUGGAAAAUCCGGGCUGAUGUGGGCAUUUGUGAGGGCUUCAACUUGCAGCAGUUUGAUAACAUUAUUCAGUUAAACUCGGAGUCAGUAGAUGAAACGGUAGAGCCCCAUCCUCUAUGGGAGUACCCAUGUACAGCCUCCGGACCUGGAGCGAUGCUCUUGAAUGUGGACAUGACAAGGGCACUAGCUGAUGCACAAGAUGUCGAGGAAACCGUAGCAUUAAGCUUACUCAGGUCAGAACCGUGUAAUGGUGUUGCUUUGUGGGCGGAGUUUGACUUUGGAGAUGGUCAUGUGAUCUCCACAGGACCCAGGGAACCAAUCAGAACAGGGCACAAGAUCACAUGGGACUACUACACAAGACAAGGCGUUCACCUGCUGUAUAACUCGAGGAGAAUAAACUGUUUACAAAGUGGGGAUGACAAUUGUCAUAUAACUGUGUCAGUGAAGUUUGUUCCUCAGAAAGGAGACAUUUCAUUCAAAUUUUCCCCAAGCUGGUCAUGAUUGCAAAGUGUUAGUUAGCUGCAAAAUGUUUAAUUUGAUUUAGUUUUAAUAUAAAACGUUGCAUGGCGUCAUAUGUUCCGUAAUGGUAUUGUUUUGCAUAGGUGGUAAUCGUCAGUAAUUUUAUUUAAAUUGUAUUUUUUAAUGAAUGUCACAAAAACCGAUAGCUUACAGAGAGUAAAUCCUGUUCUUGUGGCAGCAGACAUUUCUCAUGUUGGUGAUAGAACCUUCAACCCCUUUGGUUAGAAAAGGACAUCUAUACCACAACACAACCUCACUCUGUUGGUAUCAUUUUUUGUAUUUUGCUUUUAAAUAAUUAUAAUUAGUAUUUUAACUUAUAUAUAUAGAGAGAGAUGUACAUGUUGAAAUUUGACCAAACAAAGUCAAAACAAUGUAAGAUGUGAAUUGUUUUAAUUGAUGAAUUAAAUGGAAAAUUAU